UACAUAAAAGUCCAUUUCUUCAUUGACAGUGCAUAUCAUCGAUGAUCAUUAACUCUUAUCACCACGUGAUCCUAUUUGUUGAUGGCCUGGGCAGUGAUGUUCCUCAAGAAUGGAAGAUGGAACUUUCCACAGCCCACCUCAGAGCCACACACCCCGGACCGGGGAUAAUGCGCUAGGACUUAUCACCGUUAUAUAGACACCAUACAAAGCAGCUACUAAAUCAAUGGCACGUCCAAAGACGAUCCGCGCUCCCACCACUGCCAGUCUUCCCAGCAACCUCCGCAUCCCCUCCACAACACCGUCCCUCGUUAAGUCACUAGGGAAGCUCACUCGGCAGGCAUUGCUGGACCUCGUGUUUUACUGGCUAGAUGAUCGCAAUGUUCAGUCAUUUGCGCCAUACCUGGAACGAGACGAAGCUGAGGGCACGGAUGAUGAAGAACUCGGUCCGUACCCGGCCGAGCGGACCAUCGACAACGUGCGCAAUGCCUACCAGGAGCUACAAGUGCGAAAGGGUGGGAAGCGGGAAGUGAUUGAUCGCAUACUUGAAGGCGAUUGGAGACACGGUAUUACGUUACUCCAGCUUGCAAUGGUUGACCUUCGGUAUAUGGAUGGCCAUCCAUCGAGUUUGCGAUGGACGGCGUUGGAGCUCACUCGCAUUGGCGCCGAUAAUGCUCGACACACCGGAGCCGAUGUUUCGUCCUACAUUCCGCGCAUCCAUGCUUCGACUUUUCUUAAUAAUCUCCAGCAGGAAAUCUCCCCCUUGGUGAAAGCGCAUUACUACCUUGCCCGGUCGAAUACAUUACCCCUCACUCUCCUUCGCAUAUUCGUGACCAACUCGCCCUAUCAACACCCGCGCCAGCCACCGGAAACGCUCACGGACUCGUCAAAGGUGAUCUAUGUCGCUUUUCCAGAUAGUUGCCCGUUCGUUUAUACUUCUAUCGCGUCGUCUACAGGCUCCAAAGCUUCCUCUAGCCAUGCGGCUGCACCAGAUACCCGAAGCUUACAGCGCAUCGUGCGAGACGCCGUCCCGAAAGCGUUGUCACUUCCGCAGCAAAGAUACGGCCUUAAAGCGACGUCAUUGACAGCAAAGAGCCUCCAGGCGCUUUUAGCGCUCCGAGGACCAGGCCGCUCAAACAGAGCCAAUGGCGCGUUCAGCAUAUUUGCCGAUGCCGUGGUGGAAGGGAGCCCACUGGACCCUCGACCAUCGAAUACGGUGACCCCCGAAGAAUACCUCACCCAAACCGAAGCAGUGAAGGACAAGAGAAAAGACCUAGAUGACCAGAAAGGAAACGAGACAUCCGCGACACAGCAAUUAGGGAGCAAAACUUGGAGUUCAGAACAAGACUCGCAUGUCCCCAAAAAGCGCAAACUCGCUAUUCAUUCCCGCUUCGGCACUUCUGGAUCGUUGUCUUCUGCUCCCUUGGACCGCCUUGAUGUCAGACUUCUGGACCGCCCGGAUGGAGAGGAUGAAGAUGAAGACACAGACCAUGCACAAUACUCUCUCUCGCUUACGUUGGCUGGCUCGGAUGUUAUAAGCGGAAUUCGCAAGCUUGCGGAACUGGGUGUCGUUGAUCUGGAACGGAUGCCUUCCUGGAUGACAGGUGAAGAGGCUGUCACUGUUGCGGUCGUUCAUCGAGGACAUCGCGUGAUCAAAGACAGUGGAUGAAAGGGAAGAUCUAUUGGUGUCAUGCGUACUUCACUUCUCUUAUACACAACGAACUGGAGGUAACACAUUCAUCCUAGCGGAAGACGCGCUUAAGCGAUAUCAUAUAACCGUCUACAUAGCCAUAUCCGGUUCAAAUCAUGCUGUCUGCAACCCACGAGAAUUAUAGAAACUCUCGCCCUGGUCCUUGCCUCCCUUCCACUUGCCAAGGACUUGGACUCCAUGACACGUAGUGGGUUUCAAGGAUGCCGCUAAGAAGCUAGGAGGAUAUAGUGGAAAUUUGUAUCUGGCCCCAAUCCAGUGGGGUGCAUGAUGAGUGGAAGCAUUGUAAUGUGUUGAUGGUAAACAGUUACUUGUGCCAUUAUGGCCAAAAGAUUUCGAAAAUAGAUAAAUAUCUGUUUUUCCGAACAGGAUAUAGAUAUACCAAUAACAUACUCGAUUAGCAAUAAAUCCUAGGUAUCUUAGCCAGCUCAGAGAAGCAACAAUUUACAAACUCUCAUCCAACG